AUGAAGGUAUUUGGAAUGGUAGGACUCUACGUACUUUGCACCUGGAACGUGCUUCAAGUAGCAGGUUCUGAUGACCAUGAUUCAAUCUCAGAAAGCAUCUUCCACUACGACGAAUAUGAUUUAUACCCGCACCAACACGUGACUCUCUGGUGUCUACAUAACAUUUAUGGAUAUGAUACAAUUCCAGUUCCACUGGACAAGGGAGGGUACUAUGUGAAAAACAGCCUUUUAGAGUCAGAUGAAAAGAACCUCAAACAGGAGAGAGAAGUAAAGAGCAUCAAGGAUGCAGUCCCAGAGAUUCAAGUAACUCAAUUUGAUGAAGUGAAUUACAAUCUCCACUACACUAGUCCGAUAAAAGGGAGUGAGAUAGUGAGACUACACUUUGAUUGUAUUGCUAUAACUGAGGAUAGGGGACCCAUAGUCUUCUCCAAGAUCCAGGUGAAUGUGAUGCCUAGACUGGAACAUAUUAUUGGUAAAACGGAGCACCUCGUCCUUGACGCUCUGCACCUACCAGAGGAUAAAGUUGUAUCAUACUAUAGACCUGCCAGACCAGGAAUUGAGACAAUCACAGAGUGUAAGAACUCCGAUCUUAUUCUUAACGAUGGACAAAGUAUCUUGAAUGAAGAACCAAAAGCUAAGACUUACAUUAAUCCCCUUACUAAAGUGGAAUAUCAGGACAUCACUGACCAUGUAUCUAAGCAUCGAGUUACGAACAGAAUGCACAAGAUCGAUUUGAAAAAUGAAAAUGUAGUAAAUGAGAAUUUAGAUGUAAAAAUACACUGUAGAAACAAUCCAAAUUGUAACUUGAGGUACAGUUCACCUCUUUCAUCAGACACCCCUGGACUUAACAUAAACCAGGAAUUUGGCAAAAAGACAAACCGCCUUGGAGAAUCUGUGGAUCUAGUCCAAAUUGACACUAGGACCAAUUCAAGAGUACUGGUAGACGUACCAACAAACAAGAAUAUCAUAUACCCAAACGACUGCCUCAAUGAGGUUUACCUGGGAAACAAAGUUGUGAAGAUUAGCGAUAUUGUAAAGGACACACGACUGGUAAGGAUGACCAGCUCAGUGAAAAUUUUAGACCUAUCAACAUCGUCGUCAUACAAAACAGUUACAGUCUCGUGCUAUACCAAGGUUCCUCAGGAUGACGGUCAUAAAACUACCUGGAUGGAUAUUACAGUCUCUCCCCUAUGCAACUUUUAUGACCCCGAGUCUCUGGAUUCCGACAAGAAGACAUGCACUCUCUUUUCUUCGGGCACUGUACAGUCGUUGGUGGCUAGACCACUUGAGCAUUUUGGAUAUGAUAAGACUUUAGAAUUUGACGAAAAAUUCUUUGAGAGGGUUGAUGACCCCAAUGGGAGUUGCAAGGACUGCUACUACAAGCCUAUUGAUACUGAGGACGGGGACAUGUCAGUCUCUGUAAGUAUAGCUGAAGAAAAACAGGAAUUCACUAUAAAAGACGGCGCCAUAAACUUUAACCCAGUUUACAUGCUGAGGAAUGAAGAUGCCAAAAGGGGUGAGGGGAUACUGGACCCAUCUCAGAUGAUAAGGAUGUACCUUCACAACAAGGAAACUGAGAUUGACAAGGACGGUACGGUUAUUGUGAAAGACAAGGUCGACGACAGUGGAGAGUCUAUAUUUUACAUGGUACAAGCCGAUGGCAGAAAUAGUAUCAAGAUUUCGUGCAAGGAAUUUUUUCAAUACUAUAGACCACAUCUACCGACCCUGUUCCCAAAUGGGAAGAAUACUGUCUACAAGAAUGUGAGUGACGGAUUUAUGGAUCCCAGGACCAUUGAGACUGUGCAAUUUGGAGAGGAGUUUGCGGCUAGGGGAAUCAGUAUACUCAAGAAACCAGAGACUGAUGUGGACCUAGAGAUAAUAUUUGAUGAAGAUAAGAUGAUACAGAGUGACCAUGUUAAACCGCUCUACUUUAUCUGCGGUCGUGAUGUGACAAGUGAAGAAUGGGAGAAGAGCAGAAACGCAUACGCAGUCAUAGCAGUAGACCCGGGGUAUAGACCUCAGAGGCUGAGUGGUUGUAGCGUAAAGAAGGGAGUAUUUGUAGAUGAAGAUGGUAGGGAUUCCGGAAGAGAAUGUAGUUACACUAUUGACGAUACAAACAGUGUAGGAUUCCACUGUCCAAGCUACGUCCCAGAGCACUUCUUGGAGGGAGACCAGAGAAUGUAUAAAGCAGAGGGUGACAAGGCAGCCGAGAACCCAUACCAACUCUUGAUUAGAUGCUAUGACAGGUCCAUUACUUCCCAGAGAACCUUCAAACCAAAGACAGAUCUGGAACUCUUUCCAAAGCCAACGUUUGCCGGAGAGCUGAGAUCCCUGUGGAUCUUUAACAAGGACACCUUUGCAGAAAAGGACGUCAAAGAGAUAGUUUGCACUUGUUACGACAAGAAUGGAAAGGGUCUUUCUUCCAUCCACAUAAAGAAUGAGAGCAGUUCAGCAGAAAAGGAAACCCAGAUUCCAUCAACUCUCUAA